AUCUCUUGUUCCAGAACUUGCAGCAUCUCAAGGAAUUAAAGUAAACCCAAAAAUGAUGUACUUCAAGUCCCAGCUAAGCUACGGCUGCGCCUUGGCACUGUUCAGCUUAAAUCUGUUGAUGCUGCAGCAGUCCAGCGCCGAACUAUCCACAGUUCAAGGCGCUCCCAUUAGCAGCCUGUAUGACAAUCUACUGCAGCGUGAAUAUGCCGGACCCAUUGUAUUUCCGAAUCAUCAGGUGGAACGCAAGGCGCAGCGUUCGCCGUCCUUGCGCCUGCGUUUCGGACGCAGCGAUCCGGACAUGUUGAACAACAUUGUGGAGAAACGUUGGUUCGGCGAUGUCAACCAGAAGCCCAUUAGAUCGCCCUCGUUGAGGCUGCGCUUCGGUCGCCGCAGCGAUCCCAACUUGCCUCAAAUGCGGCGCACCGCCUACGACGAUCUUCUCGAGCGUGAGCUGACCCUCAACAACCAGCAGGCGAAUCAACCAGGUGCUGGCUAUGAUGCCGAGCUAUCCGAUGACUAUGAUGUGGCCUUCGAGCGCGCCGUACGCAAGCCCCAACGUUUGCGCUGGGGACGCAGCGUCAUGUCCAGCCCAUUGGAUCUUGGCAAUAAUCGUGUGGACAAGGAUCAGCAACGGGAACGCACUCAACUGGAGCGGGAGUGGCUGAAGUGGCAGGAGAUGACCCGCAUGCUGUUGGCGCUGCAGCAGCAGUAUGACAGCUCUGCCGGUGAGCUUCCUGGCGGCUCUGGCGAGGACACCGAUGAGGAUCAGGAUGAGGACAACUCGGAGUAUCAGUUCCAGCGCGAGGCACGCAAGCCCAUGCGCUUGCGUUGGGGCCGUAGCACUGGCAAGGCGCCAGUCGAGCAGAAGAUGCCGUUGGCUGCUGAGACUGCAUCCGUUGCACCCAAGUCCGAGAAUUAAAUACAAAAAUGUUGCUAAAAUCUGAAAAAUGGAAAUGAACAAAAGGACAAAGCAAACUCACUGAUAACAACAAUUGGGCGGAAAAACCAACACACACACACAAUACACACACACACACUAAAUGGAACCUACUUAUUUCAAACACUCAACUGAGGGACAGUUUUUGAAGGCAUCUACGGUAAGCGCAGGGAGCUAAGGACACAGGCUAAAGAAUACAUACAUAUAAACCAUAUACUAUAUAAACAUAUAUGCAUAACCGAAUACGCGUACACUUUAAUUUUGUGCAGCUAUUUACUAAAGAGUACUAAACUCUAUAGGAAAUUUAGCCCAUGAACUUUAAUAAGUUGCUGGCAAGUUAUAUACCAAAAAA